GCGACUAUAAUGGGCUGCAAUUUGUGCACUUUACAGAAAAGGGAAGAGCACUACAAACUGCUGUAUGAGAUUGCACAGGUGAACGGUAAGGAUCUCUCCAAGGCCACGCACGAGGAGGCGGUGGAGGCCUUCCGCAGUGCCAAGGAUCCCAUCGUUGUGCAGGUCUUGAGACGGAACCCCGCCUCCAGGAACCAUGGGAACUCUCAGGAAGUCCACCUCGUGGACGUUUGCACACAGACCGACAUCACGUUUGAGCACAUCAUGGCCCUCUCCAAGCUGCGGCCCACGACCCCUCCGGUGCCGGACAUCUGUCCCUUCCUGCUCUCCGACAGCUGUCACUCCCUUCAGACAAUGGAGCAUGAGUACUAUGGGGGCACGGACUACCUCUCCCAGGUCCCGGCCGAAGGCGAGAGGGCAGAUGAGUUUGAGUAUGAGGAGGUGGAGCUGUGUCGAAUGAACAGCCAGGAGAAGCUGGGACUAACACUGUGCUACAGAACGGAUGAUGAGGAGGAUAUCGCCAUCUACGUCAGUGAGGUCGGCCCGAACAGCAUUGCUGCCAGAGACGGCCGCAUCAGAGAAGGGGAUCGCAUUUUACAGAUAAACGGGCGUGACGUCCAGGACCGGGAAGAGGCGGUGACCAUGCUGUCCAGUGAGGUCUGCAGGAACAUUGUGCUGCUGGUCGCCAGGCCCGACAUACAGCUGGACGAGGGAUGGUUGGAUGAUGAGCAGAAUGAGUUCCUGGAAGAGCUCAAAAUGGAAAUGCUGGAAGAGCAACGGCAGGAGGAGUUGCAGCGUGCCUCUCACAUGGGGGAGCAGCCCAAAAAGCCCGAGGAAGACGACAUCACGACAGACACGGCCACCUGUUCCUCCAACAACCAGGACAAGGACAGCGGGGUGGGCCGCACGGACGACAGCGUGCGCCACGAGGAGAGCUCCGAGCAGGAGGUCCUGGCGCGCGUCCAGAAGAGGCUGUCCCAGUGCCUGCGGGACAGGCGCCGAGCCGCCCCGAGCCAGGACGCGCCGGCCAGCACGGACAGGCAGACCGGCCAGGGCCCGGCGUCCAGGGAGCACCUGGGCCCCGGCUGCCCCCCGGCACGGGAGGAGGAAGAGGAGGAGGAGGAGGAGGAGGAGGAAGAGUGUGAGCGUUUCCAGCAGCUGCUGGAACUGAAGUGCCAGAUCAGGAACAGCGGGGAGUACGACCUGUUCUACACCCGGCGCAGCACCAUCGAGUGCAGCCUGACGGAGCAGGAGGGGGUGCAGAGGGAGCUGCGUCUGCUCAACGAGGAGCUGCGUAGCAUCGAGAUGGAGUGCCAGAACAUCAUGCAGGCCCACAAGCUCCGCAAGGCCCAGGACCAGCGGCCCGAGAGGGAGCGGGAGCGCGAGCGCCGGCUCGGCAAGGACCAGGGCCGCCGGGGCCAGGGCGAGGCGGCGCAGAGGCGCAAGCUGGCCGACAUCACCGAGCACCCGGAGAGGUCGGACAAGGACAGCUCCAGCGCCUACAACACGGCGGAGAGCUGCCGCAGCACGCCGCUGGCCAUGGACCGCUCGCCCGACCACUCCCUGCAGAGGCUCGUCAGCGUCACCAACCAGAGGAACCUGCGUGGGGCGGGCGCUGCUGGGCAGACUGUCGCCUGCCACGCCCGGCAGGGCGGGGCGGAGCAGGGCAACCCCGCCGACCCGGAUCAGACGCCCCCCGCUGACGACGAACGCCACGAGCGGGACAAGCCCCAAGCCCCCCAGGCCCCCCCAUCGCCCUACCUGUCCCCCUACCACAGCUCCCAGUACCGGCAGGCCAACAUCCCGGCGCACGCCCGCCACUACCAGAGCUACAUGCACCUGAUCCAGCAGCGCUCGGCCGUGGAGUACGCCCAGAGCCAGCUCAGCCUGGUGAGCGUGUGCAAGGACCUGCAGCGGGCCGCCGAGCCCAAGAUGGAGUGGAAGGUGAAGGUGCGCAGCGACGGCACCCGCUACAUCACCAAGCGGCCCGUGCGGGACAAGCUCCUCCGCGAGCGGGCCCUGCGCAUCAAGGAGGAGCGCAGCGGCACCACCACCGACGACGACGCCGCCAGCGAGAUGAAGAUGGGCCGCUACUGGAGCAAGGAGGAGCGCAAGCAGCACCUCCUCCGGGCCAAGGAGCAGCGGCGGAGGAGGGAGUUCAUGAUGCGCAGCCGUCUGGAGAGCCUGCGGGAGAGCCCGCAGAGCGGCGGCGAGGGCCGCAAGGAGCUCAACAUCAUCGAGCUCAGCCACCGCAAGAUGAUGAAGAAGCGCAACAAGAAGAUCCUGGACAACUGGAUGACCAUCCAGGAGCUGAUGACCCACGGCGCCCGGGCCCCCGAGGACACCAAGGUGCACAACGCCUUCCUGUCCGUCACCACUGUAUAAAACGCGACUCUA